AUGGCGGCGCCCAGUGAGGGGCCGGCGUUUGCCGCAGGGGCUGAAAAGAAUUGGGGUGUUGUGCGGUCUCCAGAAGGAACACCCCAAAAAGUCCGGCAGUUGAUAGAUGAGGGGAUUGCCCCGGAAGAGGGAGGCGCAGAAGCAAAGGACAUGCCUGCCACAUUCCAGCCACUUAAUGGAUCUCCCCAACCAGAGCAACUACCACUGGAGUCUACAAGCAAAGAAGCCUUCUUUAGCAGAGUAGAAACAUUUUCUUCUUUGAAAUGGGCAGGGAAGCCCCAUGAGCUGAGCCCUCUUGUGUGUGCAAAAUAUGGUUGGGUCACAGUUGAGUGUGACAUGCUUAAGUGCUCCAGCUGUCAAGCUUUUCUUUGUGCCAGUUUACAGCCAGCCUUUGACUUUGACAGAUAUAAAGAACGUUGUGAUGAGCUGAAGAAAUCCUUAUGCACUGCUCACGAGAAGUUCUGUUUUUGGCCAGACAGCCCCUGUCCAGACCGAUUUGGGAUGUUGCCAAUGGAUGAACCUGCAGUUCUUGUGAGUGAAUUCCUUAAUCGAUUUGAAAGCCUUUGUCACUUGGACCUCCAGCUCCCUUCUCUGAGGCCAGAAGACUUAAAAACUAUGUGUUUGACAGAAGACAAGGUCAGCCUUCUGCUAAACCUGCUUGAAGAUGAACUUGAUCACCAAACUGAUGAGAAAAAAGCUGCAAGCAAACUGGGCUCAGACAUCCAAGUCCACAUCACUGCUUGUGUUCUCUCUGUGUGCGGCUGGGCAUGUAGUUCAGCUCUGGAACCUAUGCAACUCUCCCUAAUAGCGUGCUCACAGUGUAUGAGGAAGGUGGGCCUUUGGGGCUUCCAGCAGAUGGAGUCAUCCAUGACCGACCUGGAGUCCUGCUUUGGCCAGACCAACUCCCCCAUCACAGGGCCUGAGGGUCGGCCAGAGCGCUUCCCUUCAGUGCCCGAAUCUCCUCGGAGGAUAAUGACCAGGAGCCAAGAUGCCACAUUUUCCCCAAACUCAGAGCAGGCUGAAAAAAGCCCAGCUCCCACUGUCUCCCGCACACGCAGCUGGGACUCUUCCAGUCCUGUAGAACGGCCUGAGCCGGAGGCAGCCAGCCCCACUCCCAGAACCCGCCCCGUGACCCGGAGCAUGGGUGCAGGGGACACUGCUGGCCUAGAAGUACCCUCCAGCCCUCUCCGGAGAGCCAAGCGCGCUCGCCUCUGCUCUUCAGGCAGCUCGGACAUAUCAAGAAGCUUCUUUGAUCCCAUCUCUCAGCACAGAGACUGGUGCCCUUGGGUGAACAGUGCACUUGGCAGAGGAGCCAAGGAAAACGGAGGACCAGAGCAGGAUGCCAGUGCCCCUGUAGAGCCAGGCUGGAAGGGAGUGCUGACCGUGCUGCUGGCGCGUAAGCAGUCCAGCCAACCAGCUGAAGCCAACCCCAUGAGUCUAUCUGAGAAGUCAAGGAAAGUAUUUCGAAUAUUCCGGCAGUGGGAAUCUUUGUGCUCAUCCUGAAUAUGGUCCAGCCCCUCUGUGGAGAGAAUUGGAAUGAAAGUGACUUUUUGAAAAAUUGGAAUGAGUGACUCAUUGAACAGUUUGGCUUUAUCAGAAGGAUCCCCAGGCAUGGGGAACAGCGGAUAGUGCAGGCACUGUUCUGUUAAAGGACUGAAGAGUUAUUAAGCCACAUGAAGGAAGACCAAGGAUGGAAGAAUUUACUCUCAGCAGCUUUAGUGCGGACAGUGUUCUGAGGAUCUGUAUAUCCCAGGAAUCUGACAGUGUAUGUUAAUAAAGUAUUUGCUAAGAUACUUCCUGCUGGAGAAUUGUUUUCUGCCUUGCCUAAUGGGUUGGAGAAGACUUCAGUGUAACAGUGAACAGAGUCAAACUUCGGGUUUUCAGAGCAACUGCAAAACCUACAAUUUAUUUUUUAAUUUCAGUCUAAGAGGUACAUGUAGUCUUUCUUAAACCAAAGACUAGGAAUUUCUUUUAUGUCACUAGAUCUCCCGGGGUAAGGCAGUGUGGGUAGACUGAACAUUUUUCUUCUUGCUUCAGUGACAACAGAGUAAGGUAGUAGAAUGGAAGGAGGGAGGAAGCCACCCAGAAAAGGCCCUCCACAUGCCUUCUUAUGCCUGCCUGUCUGAUUAGGGAUACAGGGCUCUGUCACUGCUGUGCCACUGUCAGCUUCUGUGAUAGAGGAUUGACCCUGAACCCAACCCAUCUAAACACAGCUGCCCACUGAUGGAGUGCCACCGCCCACUGAAGGCUGGAAAGGAAAAAGGACUUAACUGCUUGAUUUGUUUUAGAAUUCUCU